CUUCCGGGUUCUAGCAGUGACUUCCGGUUGUCAGUCUCCAGACGUGCAGCGGCUGCGGCGGGGACGCGGUGGAGGCCUGGGCUCCGUGGGCCGGCCUCUCUCGUCCUCGUCCGCCCGUUCGAGAUGCAUCCGCGGCGCCCUGAGGGCUUCGACGGCUUGGGCUACCGGGGAGGCGUGCGGGACGAUCCGGCUUUCGGCGGCCCCUUCCAUGCGCGCUCCUUCGGUUCAGGGACGGAACUGGGCCACUGGGUGACAACACCCCCGGACAUCCCGGGCAGCCGCAACCUGCACUGGGGCGAGAAAAGCCCUUCGUACGGUGUGCCGUCCGCGUCGCCGACGCUCGAGGGCCCCGCGGAGGAGCCCUUUCCCGGCGGCGGCGACGGCCCGCGGCCGGGACGGAGCAGCGAACAGUUGAAUAGAUUUGCUGGAUUUGGUAUUGGACUUGCAAGUCUCUUUACAGAAAAUGUACUGGCCCAUCCUUGUAUUGUUUUACGCCGCCAAUGCCAGGUCAAUUACCAUGCUCGGCAUUACCAUCUCACUCCAUUUUCAGUUAUCAACAUUAUGUAUAGCUUCAACAAAACUCAGGGACCAAGAGCCCUGUGGAAAGGAAUGGGAAGCACAUUUAUUGUUCAGGGAGUCACACUUGGAGCAGAAGGCAUCAUUAGUGAGUUUACACCUUUACCAAGGGAGGUUUCACACAAAUGGAACCCUAAACAAAUAGGUGAACACCUUCUCCUGAAAUGCCUAACGUACAUGGUGGCCAUGCCUUUCUAUUCAGCAAGUCUGAUCGAAACAGUACAGAGUGAGAUAAUCCGAGAUAAUACUGGCAUCCUGGAAUGUGUUAAAGAAGGAAUUGGACGGGUGAUAGGCUUGGGAGUGCCUCACAGCAAACGCCUUCUUCCACUGUUUUCAUUGAUCUUCCCAACAGUGCUGCAUGGAGUUCUCCAUUACAUCAUCAGCUCCAUCAUUCAGAAGAUUGUCCUUCUAAUUCUGAAGAGAAAGACCUGUAGUAGCCACCUAGCCGAGAGCACUAGCCCCAUGCAGAAUAUGCUGGAUGCUUAUUUUCCAGAACUUAUUGCUAACUUUGCCGCCAGCCUUUGCUCUGACGUGAUACUUUACCCAUUGGAAACAGUUCUGCAUCGUCUUCAUAUUCAAGGAACACGCACAAUAAUUGACAAUACAGACCUUGGUUAUGAAGUACUUCCAAUUAAUACGCAGUAUGAGGGAAUGAGAGACUGUGUAAAUACCAUCAAGCAGGAAGAAGGAGUGUUUGGUUUUUAUAAAGGGUUUGGUGCUGUUAUCAUACAGUAUACAUUGCAUGCAACCAUCUUACAGAUUACCAAAAUUAUUUACUCCACACUUCUUCAGAAUAGCAUUUGAGAUUUAGGUUCUGUGAUUGGCUGAUCCAAAAGAUGUGGUCUGGAUAAUUUGCUAUGACAUUUCAAGUAAUAAAAGUAAAAUACUGCGUGGAAAGAAAUGGGCUGGGAAUUAAGACUGUGGAAAAGCUCAUGCUGAUUAUUCUGACUUCUUAUUUUUCUUAAGGCAUAGAUACAUAGAUACAUAUAUAUAAUACUGGAUCAAAACAAACCUUUCCAAAAUUAAAAACUUAAUAAAGGUAAUACUUUAAAUUUAAAAUGUAAAGUUACAUUUUAGUAUAACACUCAUGCUGAAGUAAAAUUGAUCCUGGGUAGAAACAAAAAUGUAUCAAGUAUAAAAUGAAAUUGCAAUGACUUGAAUCUAUUUUACUGACUUUAAUGUUUGUUAUAUGUUUGUUUAACUUGGAUUUAGGUCAUUGUGUUAAUUCUUGAAGCAGUGGAUAGUGUUGGAUUUUACCUUUAAGCAAAUAGAUUAUAUCAUCAUUGAAAACAAACCUUAAGAUUAGAUUUGGCACUGUGUAAGCAGUGAUUGAAGGGUUCUAAAUUGUAUUUAACCAUUUUAUUUGCUGUAUAUAUUUAUUAUAUGGAGUCGUGUGUGUAUUUGUGUCCAGGUAACUUGGGAUUUCCUGCAUCCCUGCAAGUUUUCAUUGACCAGUUUAUUGCAUCAAGUGAAGAGAAACACUUUCUGCUUGAACAUCAAGAAUAAGACAUCACAAUGCCAGAAAAUAGCUUUCUUGUCUGCAUCAUAUCCGGUGUUGCAGUGUCAGAAACUUGAAAUUUGUCACAUGCUUGUGACAUCGGGAUCAUCAGAUGAUUUCUAGAGUUACUUUUAAAGAUACCUAACAAUCAUGGCAGCCAUUACCGUUUCCACACGUAUCUAAGGAGCCUAGCUUGUCCUUCAUUUCUAAAAGAACUUAUCCUAGAGGGAGCAAGGUGAAAGUUCUCCUGGGAUCUGUGCCUCCUGCUCACCAUAAACAAUCACUGCACUCUUUCUUUUUUCGUGUGUGUGUGUGUGUGUGUGUGUGUGUGUGUGUGUGUGUGUGUGUGUGUGUGUGUAAAGUUUUAUUCUCCAAAUAAGCUACCAUGAAGAUAAAAGUGAACAUUCUUGUUACUUUUUAUUUAAACUUGCUUGGAUAAGUACUGAUUUAAAAUACAAACUUCAUAGGAAAUUCGCCCUUAUGUUUUAUGGAGGAGGGGGAGGAGUCACUAUAUUUCAACAAAUGAAACUUGUUAAUCGGUUUAAUAAAGUCGAUGUGGGAACAGUGGAUUAGACUUUGUAAUGAAGUGAUGUAUAGUUCCUGACCACUCAUGCAGCAUUUAGCAUUUCAUUUCUUCAUGGGUGUGCUCAAGUUUACAAACACUGAAGUACAGUGCCUGCAGGUAUCACUCAAUCUCGAAUGCAUGCAAACUAAAACUGAUGUAAUGUGUUAAGUGUCACAGAGUGUGUGUACCUCGACCGAUCAGAGUGGGAGCUUAACGUGGAUGUGAAAAGCAUGAAGCAGUGUGUAAGUAGAAGCUGUCCUUCCAGUCUGCGUGUUAAUUCUGAAGUCUCUGAUGUGAUGUCAACUCUUCAAUUCCUCAAAAGGGAAAUAAAUGCUGUUGAUCACAUUUUGAUUUUAUGGUUAA